AUGGUUCAUCUUCCUGCCCUUGGCACUAUGAAACCAGCCCAUGAAAGGAAGCCUUUCAUAGCUGUCUGGAACAACCUGUGCACCCUGAGAUAUGAUAUCAUGCUGACCCUGACAGUGUUCCAUAUGAUCUGAAGCUCAUUAACUAAAGCAAGAGGGCAGAAUGUGACCAUGUUAUAAUUUAAUAGGCUUCACUGUUAUCGUUGGUACCUAUCACAGGGAGUCCCUUUUAAUGGUGACCUACCCUAGAACUUUAAUCUGCAAACUCAUCUGAAGCAAAAAGCUAUAAACUAUUACAUCCCAGAUAAGGACUUCAGUAGAUUAGCUGUUGCAGACUGGGAUCACUGGAGACCUCAGUGGGCCUGCAACUGGGAUAAAAAAGUUGUCUGCACAACAAAAUCCAGGAAACUCAUAACCAAAAUGGAAGGGAAUAUUUUCAGUGAUGUUGAACAUUUAGCCAGAGUUUCCUUUGAAGAGAGUGCAAAAGUUUUUAUGAAGGAAUCAAUUGCAUUAGGAACGAAAAGCAGACCAAAGGGCCUGUGGGGAUACUCUUUAUACCCUGACUGUUAUAAUUACAGUUUCUGUGCUCAGAACUAUGCUGGUUUCUGCCCAAAGAGUAAAGUUUUGAGGAACGAUGAAGUUUCCUGGCUCUGGGAUAGCAGAGCUGUCCUGUUUCCUUCCACUGGCAUUAAGAACCUCCUUGGAAACAGGGAAAAUGUUUUGCAUUUUUCUCAAUUUAGACUGAAUCAAUCCAUAAGGAUUUCCUCUAUGAAAUCCCAAGGCCAUGUGUUGCCUAUAUUUGUGUAUACUUGACUAGGUUCUAGAGAUGGACCUUUAUUGUUUCUCUCUACGGUAAGGCUCUACAUUGUCAAUAUCACAGCUGCAGCUGAGAUGUGGAGCAGACAUCUUUUUCAGAAGAAUGGAUGA